CAGUCACCUGAGUUGUCUGAAGCCAGCAACAGCGCAUACUGAGCGACGGUGCUCAUGUAACUGCCUGGAGCUCUGUGGUACUUAAUAUUCAAUUACCUAGCGUUGUUUACUGGCGCAGGACGUCGCCGAAAAACAACAAGUAUUUAUCCAUUUCACGGGGGGGCAGGCCAGUGGCUGCAAAGCAGGGGCUUCAGUGCUUUCACCUUCCACUUCAUUUAUCAACUUUGCAGCAAAAUAAUCAAAUCCCCGGAAUGGAAGAGCUUCUGGUAUCGUAUGCAAAUAUGUGUGCUGACGUAGGAGAUCAUGUGGUUUUUGGCGUAGAUCCUCCUGUGAUCGAGAAUUUUUUUCUACUGUUGUCUUUAGGAUUCGGUAGAAUCUUUGGAAUUAAUCCUCAUAUUCGAUAUCCUGCCGAAAAAAAGGGGGACCCGUAUUCUGGAUCCCUCCGUGGUCUCACCGUCCCAGUACCACAAACGCAGGGGCCAGGUCAGGCCGUCUGUGAUGAGGUCUCAUGAAGUCUCCCGUUGGAGCUGACGUUUACAGUCAGCAGGGACGCUCGAAAACUAAGAGAGAGGGGGCUUGAAAAGGGCCCCCUUUUCUAACACAGAGAGCCUCGCCUCACUUUCCACAGCAGCUUCAGCUCUCCACUCCCAGCCAUGGCUAGCCGGAGGAAGUCGACUAUUCCUUGCAUGAUCCGAGCAAGCGAGAUGUUGGAACAGGAUGAGCCUGAUGAGAUGGAGGAGACGAGAAACGGGACAGUAGAAAAUGGGUCUCCACAAAAACUGGGUAAUGACAACUGGACUUUAGGAAAGGAACCUGUAAAUGCAGAGAGGGAGAUGGAGCAGGAGACAUUGGGAGCAGACACUCGGCAGCAGUGCAAGUCACAAGGAGGCUACGAAUGCAAAUACUGCCCUUAUUCCACCCAAAACUUAAAUGAGUUCAAAGAACACGUCGACUCCAACCACCCCAACGUCAUUCUCAACCCGCUGUACGUGUGUGCAGAGUGCAACUUCAACACAAAAAAAUUCGACACGUUAUCGGAACAUAAUGAAAAGUGUCAUCCUGGGGAGAUCAACUUCAAGUUCAAACGGAUCAAACAAAAUAACCAGACUAUCCUUGAGCAGACAAUUGAAGUCAACUACGAUUCCGCUGCCCCACGUGGCACAGAGGACCCGGCUACAUUUCCCAUGAACAAAUCCACAGUAAAGGCUGGAAAGCCAAAAAUGGACAGCAAACGGUUAUUCCGAAAAGGGGACGAGUUGGAAAACCUGACUGACAGGCUAACCGCUGAGCUGGCCAAAGAACCCAUCACUGCUGUAAACGUAAACGGGACGGUGAUUAUUCCAGAGUCCACCAUAAAAGAAGGGCUGUCGCAUGUCAUGCCAUCUUUGCAGCGACCUCCCAACUUCAACCUGGUACCAAAAAUAGCCGUCCCACUAAACACCACCAAAUACAAUCCGUCACUGGACGCCAACAUGACCCUCAUAACGUCAUUUAACAAAUUUCCGUAUCCCACACAAGCAGAGUUGUCCUGGCUGACUGCAGCCUCAAAACACCCUGAAGAACAAAUUAAAGUCUGGUUCACCACGCAGCGGCUAAAACAAGGUAUCAGCUGGUCCCCGGAAGAGGUGGAAGAGGCUCGGAAAAAAAUGUUCAACGGUACCAUCCAGCCAAUAUCACAGACAUUUACAGUUUUUCCUGCCCAUUUGACCCAGCCAACCAAAGUCACACAGCCCCUUAUACAAACAGUUCCCUGCCAGCUACUUGGGCAGACUAGUUUGGUGUUGACCCAAGUUGCCAAUGGGUCAACAAUGACAUGUGCUCCCAUUGCACUGACAGUAGCCAACCACAUCCAUGCUCCUAAGCGACCCUUGGCUGCACCAGUGGUAGCCCCCGAAGUGAAGCGACCCAAUGUCAUCCAAACCAUUCAAACCCCCCCAAGGGCAGUCUCUCCCAUCCCAAGCCUUUCUUUUGAUCGUAAGAAAUCGAAAGAGCAGAUUGCGGAGCUGAAGUCCAGCUUCCUUAAAAGCCAGUUUCCAGAAGACAAAGAGGUCUACCGGCUCAUUGAAGCCACGAGCCUCUCCCGGAGCGAGAUCAAAAAGUGGUUCAGUGACCAUCGGUAUCGUAAUCAAAAGGGCCUGCCCUAUGGGAACAGUGAGUCGCUGGUAAUGGCUCACGAUUCCAGUCAGCCACAGAGCUCUCUUGUGGACAUAGUACAACAGCGUUUCAAAGGGAAAACCUCUGACCAACUCAAGAUUCUGGAGGACAGCUUCCGAAAAACUAGUUUCCCAACACAGGGUGAGAUUGACCACCUCAUGAUGGACACAAGCCUCUCCAGGAAGGAAAUUGACAGCUGGUUUGUAGAGCGUCGCACUUUACGGGACAACUUGGAACAAGCCCUUUUGAACUCCAUGGGUUCGGGGGAGGUUGAGGAGCCAAAGCAGCAGCAGGGUGAACUCAAUGGUGUGCAUCAGCCCGAGGCAUGGGCCGGGGGAUCUCCCUUGUCCACUGUAGCCCCCACACAAAGCCCCAUGCCUUUGGACAAGAAAUCUCUGAAUCUUCUGAAAGACGUAUUUGCACGAACACAGUGGCCAUCUCCUGAGGAGUACAAUCAGUUAGAGCUCCAGACGGGACUGGCUCGCACAGAAAUUGUCCGCUGGUUUAAGGACAACCGAUCAGCUCUGAAGAGUGGAAGCCUGCAAUGGAUGGAGCAGUUCCAGAAGCUGAAUGGCGAAGGGCAGAAUGGGCAAAAUCAAAACCCACCGUCAAGGGCUGACCACGCUCAGAGCACCCUCCAACAGUACUACCAGGAAUUCAGAACGCUGAGAGAGGAGGACAUCGAGAAGUUGGCAGAGCAGUCCAAACUGAGCCACAAAGAAGUCCAAGACUGGUUUGCAAACAAGCAGGAACCAAAAACAUUUGAAGCCAACAAGAGUGGUAGCCAGGAUAACCGGGAAAGAGAGGAUCAUGGGAAGUGGAUGGAGAUGGCAGCAGGGGUGGAUGAUGAUGAGGUGGAUCUGAAUGAGGAAGAGGACGUUAUUUCAGACUCCACAGAAGCUGCCUAUGAAAUGGUGGAGGAUGACUCUGAAGGGGCAACAACCUGAAAUGUAUGGAAGGUAACCAAGGCAUCUGUUACAAAGCACUGACAGACACCUGGGUUUUUAUAAACAAUGGUCCUUAAGGCAUAUUCUCAUUAUUGAGAAUGUUUAAGGUUUCAGGUCCAACAUCCCGGCUAGAAAAUGUUGUGGAUUUCACUUGUAAAAUGAAAAUGUAGUGGAUUUCAUACAAAUAAACUAACAAACAUAGGCAGCACUUUAGAAUCCGAUGUAUAAAUAAGGAUUUGAUAGACAUGCUAUUAUCUUCAUUUCUGUUAUCAAUUUACUAUCAACUGGGGAUCUACAUUGUUAAUAAGGUAUACAGUACAUAAACAAAUGUGUUCAUGUUAAGCCCAACUCCAACCUUCUCUUAGACUCAUCAUUAUUGACUAAUUAACAUUCUAUAGAGCCACAAUUUAUGACAAAUCGAUGACUAUUAAAAUAGAUAUUGCAGUACAUCGUUUAUAAAACUUAAUUUGUAAAUCCUAUAAUUCCAAAAAGGAAAUUCAUUCUGAUAUUACUCUGACAGAUAUGUUUUUAUCUUAAGGCAUUUAGAUAAACCAUUCAAUAUAAAAGGAUGUACCCUUUAUGAGGAAGAACCUAAUACCAGAUUUUGUCAAUCAGGCAUAUGAAAUCACCAUUCACCAUUUAGAGAGUAAUUUUAUGUGAAUGUGUCAUUAAAAACUUCCAAAAUGGACUAGAUAAUUCAAAGUGUAAUUUUCAGGAUUAAAUAGCAGGGCAGCCUUCCUAGGUCAAAGGCAUCUACAGAAACUGUCAGAAGUUUGGAAACAAGUGGGACUGAGGAUGAGCAUAAGUGUUUUUUUACUUCUUCACUCAGAUUACUAAUAUUUUACCAUCACUGGACAGAAAUAUUACCAAGUAUGCUAAAUACCCAGUAUGUCUUCUUUUCAUUAGGAAAGCUGUACAACUUGAGAGGGCGAUUGUGUUCCUGUAUACUAACAGCACUUAAAAUGUAUAUUGUUUUCUGUAAAGCCAAAGUUUAUUCUUUAGAGUCAACAGGGAUACAAAAACCAGGAGAUACGAGAAGAAACUGCACGGACGUGCAUUUAAAACCAUGGACAGGGGGUAUGUAAAAAGUUGUGGGAGUGUGACCCAAGCUCCCGGGCUGGAUGAAAUCCUUAGAUCAAUUGCCUUUUGGAGCUAGAAGGACUGAAUUGCCUUCUAUUGUUGUGCUUCUUAUGUUCUUACAGUUUUAGAGACUUUGUUCCAGCAUAUUAAUGGCACUUGCUGGUUUCUGUAAUCUUAGGGGAAGUUUCAUUGAUCUUAAUUAGUAGUGACUUUGGAUAUUUUUACCUAAAGUAACAUUUUUAUAGUCCCAAAAUUGAAUUUAUCAUCCAUGAACCAUGACUCAGUCAUUCUAUUUUGUACAGGAUCUCAAUAUUGUGUCGUUUUUUUGUGAAACAUUUUGGAACUGUUCUUGAUGGGACCAGUUGUUAAGUAAAAGCAUUAAUGCAGCUUGAAGAUUUCAUCCCCCUCAAAGAAAAAAGCAGUAAGCCCAUUUAUCAAGCAACAUCCCCUCCCCCGUUCUAAAGCUUUCCUAGUUCGUGCUUGGAAGUGUUGGGUGGCACUAGGAAACAACGGUCUCAUUGAACGCAGCAGUGUACUUUAAAGAGAAGACUGUUCAAAGACAACAGUAAUACAAGGAAGAUGCUCACUUUCACUCCUUAAGUACGUGACUGCAGAAUCUGAGGGACAGCCUUGGCUACAUGGGCAUCAUAAGCAACCCCAAGUACAAGCUUGUAGAAUCAAAUGAGACAUACACGUCUCUGAUGGGACUAUCAGUCGUGUAUUAUAAUCCUGUGUAUGGCAGAAUUUUCACAGCCCAUUGAGGAUUUUUUUUUACUUUCAGGUGAGUGAAGAUUUGAAUGCCGCCAGAUGUACAGAAGAUCUCCUAUGGGAAGAGAACAGAUGAUAUAUAUUUUCAUAUUUGGAACCAAUGAAUUUAUCUGAACCACAAAGUCAGAGGCACAAUAAACUGAAAUGCGCCAACAGCACUGAUCUGGGGCUGACUUGAGAGUGCCAAAGUUGUUCUGCUGCAUUAUAAAACUUUAAAAAAGGAUCCUUAAAAAUAUUUUUUUCCGUACUGCAACAGAUUUCUACAAUUUUGGGGAGCUUUGUUACAUUUAUAAUUGGUACAUGUGGUCGCUGUAAUUUCUGGAUGAACCUGCAGUGGUAUAUUCUCCAUUUUAUAGACACCUUGAACCACUAUAUUUGUUGACAAUAUUUUCACUCUUUAAAUUUUAAAAAAUUGUUUCGAUUUUGUCAAGAAGAAAAUAGAAAUCCAUCUACUAAUGGCUGGACAAUCUGUGCAUUUCUUAAGUCAACGAUUCUCUUAAGAGGAAUGACUUGUGCUUCAAAAGCAACAUGGGUCCUGCUAAAGCAGUAAUGUCACUAUUUCAUGGGAAACUGUAAAAUGAAAACUAGGUGUAUAAUGAAUUAAGAGAAAUACUACAUAUCCAAUUUCAGUUGUUUUUCUCAAUGUAAUGGACACAUCAGUACUGGUCUGUCAGAUAUUAAGUGUUAGCUUUCUAGGAUGAUCUUAUAGUUCAUUCUCAACAGCAGAAAUAACCCUUCCUUUAGACUUUGUGUUGAGCUUCUGCAAUAGUGUCAUAUUCGGAGAACGUUAUAUCACAAUACUGUGCUACUAUGGAGGUCAUGCUUAAUGUUUUUUUAUCCAUUUGCCAUCUGCUGUAACCCAAUAAAAACAACCUAUUUAAACUGAA